ACGAUCAUCUACGAUCAUCUAUCUAUAUAAUAUUGUUGUUGCGACUCACCACGCGCGGAGAUCUCCGGUUUCAUUCCCGCCUAUUCGACUGCGGCAACAGCCUGCUGCUUUGUCUCUUUGCGGGUGAUGCGCUGAUCCAGACGCCCCAUUGUCAGAUUCAUCCCAUCUACACGCGAUGACAGACCAGGAUACCUCGUACAGACCCCGUUCACCAGACUUCUCCUCCUUGGAGCCCGCCUACCCCCCCGCGGUCACCUCUCCCUACCACCCGCCGCCCUUCCCGCUCACCAGCCCGAUUGCCCAUCGCGCUUCCUACGACGCCUCGCCCUUCUUCACGCCCCAGUAUCAGCAUCCCGUCGCGCCACCAGGUCGGGUCCCGCAGCAGUACAUCCCUCCGUCCAUCGACCAAGAAGAGAUGGCUCGUCGUUCCGCCCGCGUCGCACGCGUCUCUGAGACCGUCGCCUGGCAACCGGAACCCUUGACGUUUGAAACCAAACCAGAGCCUGCCCACCUGGACGAUGCCUCCAAACCGCGCCCCUGGUCUGGGGUGGAAGUCAAGACCAAGUUCCCCGUCGCACGCAUCAAGCGGAUCAUGCAGGCGGACGAAGACGUCGGCAAAGUCGCUCAGGUCACCCCCAUCGCAGUGUCCAAAGCCCUCGAGCUGUUCAUGAUCUCCCUCGUCACCAAGGCCGCACAGGAAGCCAAGGAUCGCAACUCCAAACGGGUCACUGCGGCGCAUCUCAAGCAGGCCGUGGCCAAGGACGAGGUCCUCGAUUUCCUGGCCGAUAUCAUUGCCAAGGUGCCCGACCAGCACUCCCGGAAGCACGAUGAUGACGGCAGUGAUCAGAACGAAGGCAAGCGGAAGAGAGGAGGCGGACGGCAGAAGAAGGAAGAAAGCGACUAAGUGCAGUGGCGUUACUUCUCUCUGUCUGCAUAGUCAUGGCGAAUGAAUUAACGGAUCACUUGAGAUUUUUAGUAUUUUCUUU